ACGGAGGAAGAGGGGCAAGGAUGAUUGGAAACUUUAAUUUGAAAAAAAGCGAGAUCAUUCGUUUACUUGUUGGUCAAAAAGGAGGUGCAUCGAAGUCGUCCAGCAAUUCAAAUGCCGGGGAUGAAAAUAAAAAAACUGCCGGAGGUGGUGGAGGUACAUUUGUGGUGAGACGAAGCAACACGCCUUUGAUCAUAGCUGGAGGUGGAGGGGGGAUUAAAAAGAUGUCAGAACAACAUCCAGGAUGUGAUGCGUCCAUAAGCACCACAGGAAAUGCUGGGAACAACUCGCCACUGGGGUCAGGAGGAAGCAAUGGACAUGGGGGGAAAACCAGUGGUCAACGUUCAGGUGGUGGAGGUGGCGGCUUCUUUAGGGAUGGAAAGACUGCAAAGGAUGGAGGGGGACAAGGUGGAAAAGGAGGUAAAGGAUAUAUCCAGGGAGGAGAGGGUGGAGCGUUUCAGGGUGGAUUCGGAGGUGGCGGUGGUUUUCGUGGAGGGAACAACGGAGCUGGUGGCGGUGGUGGUUACUCUGGGGGAAAUGGAGGUGGGAAUAUUGCUAAAUCUUGCGGGGGAGGAGGAGGAUCUUUUAACAAUGGGACAAAUCAGCAAAAUGAAUGUUGUUAUAAUAGCAAUGAACAUGGUCGAGUGGUUGUCACAUUUCUUCAGUGAAAUGCACAUGGUAGCAAGUUCCUCAAAGUGAAGUGGAUAUUCUGUUUUAAAGGCUCAUUGUUGCUAGUUUUCAAAGACACUAAAGAUUUGAUUUUGAUUUCUGUUUUGAAGGCUGAUUGUUGUUAGUUUUCAAACACAAGAUUUGAUUUUGAUUUAUUUACUUUUUG